AGCGGUUUUAGUUUUUGCUUUUGUUUUGUGGUUCUCAAAAUAUUAAAGCCAUUAUCUGGUUAAGCUGUAUGACCUUGCUUACAUUUCCUUGUUGUUUUUCACUACUUAAUUUACUUCAGGUCUAAAACUUGGUGAAGAUGGCUCAAAGUGCACCUCUGUUCAUUCGUAUGGUAGCCUCAUCCAUAGCAGCUGCCAAUAAAGCUGGUCAGAUUGUACGUGAUGUCAUGAAAAAAGGGGAUUUAGGAAUCAUUGAUAAGUAUUCGAACUCCCCUCCAAGCUAUCUGAGACUAAUGCUGUUGAGAAUCGGCUCACAAUUGAAUUUCCCUUUCCAGGGAAAAAACGACCUGCAAACCGAAGGUGACCGGUCGGCACAGCGCUGCAUCAUUGCGUCUCUCUCGCACCAGUUUCCCGGCGUCACCAUAAUCGGAGAGGAGGAGGACACCUCCUCAUGUCCUGUGCCGGCUGACUGGGUGGUCACCACCUCUGAUGAGGAGGUGCUCGGCAUUGAGUGUCCCAAGGAGUACCAGGAUGCUACCGUCAAAGAUAUUGUAGUUUGGGUGGAUCCUUUGGACGGCACAGCUGAAUACACACAAGGUUUCCUAGACCACGUGACCAUUCUGAUCGGCAUUGCCGUUCGCAACCGAGCCGUUGGCGGGGUGAUACACCAGCCGUUCUACAGCAGUGGGACACAGAGUGGGACAGAUAGUGGGACACUGGGCAGGACACUGUGGGGCAUAGUGGGAGCGGGUGUGGGUGGCUUUCAGCCGGCAUACGUGGAGGGGGACCGACGGGUGAUCACUACGACCAGGUCGCACCUCACCCCGACCGUGCAGGCGGCUGUUGAUGCUAUGAAGCCGGAUGAGGUGUUGAAAGUGGGUGGCGCGGGGCAUAAGGUAAUGCUGUUACUGGAAGGCAAAGCCAACGCCUACAUGUAUCCGACAAAGGGCACUAAACGGUGGGACACCUGUGCGCCCGAGGCAGUGUUGCACGCCAUGGGUGGCAAGCUGACCGACAUGUAUGGCAACUACUACAGUUAUGCCGGUGACACCAAUGUGGCCAACCUAGAUGGAGUGCUGGCCACAGCCAAGGCUCAAGACCACCACUUCUAUCUCAAGGUCAUAUCGGAUGUUGUCAAACCUGCUUCAUAGCUGGUCAAGUGGUUGAUGACGAUCUUCAACAAGUGAAUAUAUGAGGAUCGUUCCAGACGAUUUUCAACUAAUGAGUUCUAGUCCAGUCAAUAUAGACAUAAAAAGGGGGUGUGCUUGCAAUUUAUAUUGUAGUUCUGAUUUUUUAAUAUAUUAUUUGGGUACCUAAGAGAAGUCCAGAACCAAUUUCUUUGUGCUAGAAACAGAGUGGCCCAAAAACCUCGUAUUUUCGGCUCAUUUUCCAGUUGACAGCUAUUUCUGCCAAAUCUCGUAAUCGGACAGAAAAAUUUGCUCUCGUCUUUUAUUUAGAUUAUAAAAUGCUGAAUGAAGUGAGAUCAUUCGAAACUUUCUAUCUCCAAUGCGUACUGAGUUAUGAUUUUUCAAAAAUUAGUGAAAUUUGAAGAAAAAAAUCAAUUUUGAUGAAUUUAAGGGCCGGUUUCCGAGCUCGGGAUUUGGCUAAGUUCUAGACUUCAACCAGCUGGAGAAAG